CUGGCAGGCCUUCCCCAUGGGGCGGUUUCUGUGUGUCCACCCGCCCAGCCUUCCCACCCCAAGGGGUCCCGGCUUUUCCGCGGCCUCGCCCUCCCCGCCACCUUCCUCCCGGCCUCGGGAGCCGGGGACCCGGGGGGGACCAGACGGCCGGGCCUGUCCCCCGGCCUUGACCCCGGCCGGAGGGGAUCGGGUUGGCGUCGCCCGCAGUGGGCAGAUGACGUCAGCCACCAAGGUGUACUACAGCCAGACGACGCAGACGGACAGCCGUCCCCUGCUGGCCCCGGGCCCCCGGCGGCGCCGCGUGUUGACCAAGGAUGGCCGCAGCAAUGUCCGGCUGGAGCACAUCGCCGACAAGCGGCUCCUCUACCUCAAGGACCUGUGGACCACCUUCAUCGACAUGCAGUGGCGCUACAAGCUGCUGCUCUUCUCCGCCACCUUCGCGGGCACGUGGUUCCUCUUUGGCCUGGCCUGGUACCUGGUGGCGGCCGUGCACGGCGACCUGCCAGACCCCCCCGGGGCUGCCGUCAACCACACGCCAUGCGUGGUCCAGGUCCACACGCUGACCGGCGCCUUCCUCUUCUCCCUGGAGUCGCAGACGACCAUCGGCUACGGCUUCCGCUACAUCAGCGAGGAGUGUCCGCUGGCCAUCGUCCUGCUCAUCGCCCAGCUGGUGCUCACCACCCUGCUGGAGAUCUUCAUCACGGGCACCUUCUUGGCCAAGCUGGCGCGGCCCAAGAAGCGGGCGGGCACCAUCCGGUUCAGCCGGCACGCCGUGGUGGCGGCCCACGCCGGGCGGCCCCGCCUCAUGGUCCGCGUGGCCAACAUGCGUCGCAGUCUGCUCAUCGGCUGCCACGUGGCUGGCAAGCUGCUGCGGACCCGCCCGGCCCGGGAUGCCGACCGCAGGCUGCGGCUGGACCAGGUCAACGUGGCCUUCCGGGUGGACACAGCCUCAGACAGCCCCUUCCUCCUGCUGCCCCUCACCUUCUACCAUGAACUGGACGAGGCCAGCCCGCUGCGGGAUCUGGGCCUGCAGGGUGGGGGUGGGGGCGACUUCGAGCUGGUCUUGAUCCUCAGCGGCACUGUGGAGUCCACCAGUGCGGCCUGUCAGGUGCGGACCUCCUACCUGCCUGAGGAGAUCCUGUGGGGCUACGAGUUUGCCCCCGCCAUCUCCCUGUCACCCGGCGGCAAGUACGUGGCCGACUUCAGCCUCUUUGACCAGGUGGUCCCAGCGCCCGGGGCGGGGGGCACCCUCUCCAUCCGGCCCGGGUCGGCCCGUGACGGCGACCCCGAGAAGCUGCGGCUGGAGGAGUCCUUCCGCAGGCUGGAGGAGGAGGAGAGGGAUGGGGAGGGGGUACCCCUCAGCGUCCGCAUCAGCAACGUCUGAGCCUCUCGGCUUCACGCUGGGCCCCGCCGCCCCUCUGCUCCACCAUCUUCACUCCUUGGCUCUGGGAUGCCCUCCCUGUGCCCUCCUGCCAUCACCCGCUGCCUUCACCCCUUUGCGUCCUGACUCUCCCUCUUCCCUCCCCUGAAUCCCCACAACACACUCACCCCGAGUCCCCCAAUCCACCUACUCCUCGCCCCCCGACCCUUUCUACCCUCUCCAUUUUGUCCCCCCACACCCCCUCGCCUCCCCCGUGCUCCAACUCCUCACUGGAAGACUGUCACCAGUCACCCCCCCGGACUGUGCGACCACCCCCUCCCCAACCACAGUGUAGCCAAGUGCCCCCUGGAGUUUUCCAGAGUGGCUUGGUGGGCAAGGCCCCUUCCCCUCCCCUCUCCCCCGGCACCCCCCAACCCUGGCUUGGACUGGGCCCUCGGAUAUGCCCAGCCAACAGGGGCUCUUGCCUGUCCCUUGAUGGGGCUGGAGGCCACCGGGGCGGCUUUUAAUGAAGCCAUUUCCUCCCCAGCUCCCCAGGUCCCCCAGUGGGACCCCUGCAGCCUGGACCCUAUGAAACUGGCUUCCUGCUCUACCCCAGCCUGGGGGAGGCCUGAGGCCCACAGAGGCGGGAGAUGGGGCAGGGGAUCAUGACAAGAGGAGCACCCUCCUCCCUCUGGUGUUUCGUUGCAGGGCGGACCUCCUUGCACCCCAGUUGGGGGUAUGCGGGGGACAUCUGGGGAUCCAGCGUCCAACUGUCAGGGGGUAGUGACCCGUGAGGAAGGGUCAGUGGGGAAAUGGGGUGGGAGGAGGCGUACAGAUCUAGCUGCGUGACAGGAAGUUACAGAGAGGUGUGUAUAUAUAGGAUGUGCCCAUGUGUGGGCACACAAAUACCAGGCCUGAGACUUUUCAGGCACCAAACGGUGGCUGUCAGGGAGUUCAGGGUUCACAGCGGGACCAGGCCGAGGGGGCAGGACAGAUGGACAGGUCCGGGAGGACCAAGGGGAAACAAGGAGAGGAGCAGAGCUGCUUCGCCCUUUAAGCUGGGGAACCGCUCAGCUCCUUCCUUGUCCAGAACUCCAAAGUUGCACUUUACAAACCACACAUCCACACCCCUCUGUCUCUGGAGAUGGUGUGUGGGUCGGGGAGGGUGGUGGGGGUUGUCCACGAGGAUCUUGGGGGGAGGCUCAGCCCUCUCCAUUGUGGUUAGCACCUCCAAACGCCACCAGCUCUGGGGUGAAAUAAUAAUAACUGUAGUAUUUGUCAAGCACUUUCUAUGUGCCAGGGACUGUUCUGAGCACUGGGAUAGA